AUGCAGCUUGAUCUCACUUCUCAGUCUCCAGAAUCAGCACAUAAUCACAUUCCUCAAGUGUCACUUUCUUCUGCCCCCAUUAAAUCUCCAUCUAUAGAGUGCCAACGAUCCCAAAAUCACUUAGGGAGUCAGCAUCAUUCCCGAGAUGCCAAUAGUUUUUCUUCCCAGACACAGCUUGUGCAAUCUGAUCCAUCUACAUCCAUUUCUGGUCCUAUUCAUGAUAUCGACCUGGGAUUCGAUCCUUUUCAGGAGUCACAACAGGGCUUGGCUGAGCUGGUUGCUGCGGAGAAUAAUUGUGAGGCAUCAUGUGAUCAUAUUUCUCUGGGAUAUCCCACCUUUGGUAAUGUGCAGCGCCACACUUCCCAAUCUCCCUCCUUCCAGCCAACUUGUUCUGCUACAGACUCCGAAAGCCAAUUCGUCCAGUGGCUGUCUCGCUCAGCUAUUAGUGACGAAUCCGGUUUCCAUUCAAUGAAUAAUGGCAGUAAUUUAACUAUAUCAAAUGGCAUACAGCCUCCGCCAGGAUUUGAAUCCCGUUUAAUUCCUUCAGCUUCAGAUUUGGCAACCAGUGAACUAGAUUGUACAUCUUCACAUAUCUUAUCAACUGGUAGGCUUCAGGCUCCUUAUGCGGAUGCAAGAGCAUAUAGUAGAUUCUCCACUCACCAUCAGUCCUCUUUGGAUGAAUGUAUAAAAUCCACUCCUGACUAUCCCCAUUAUCCCCCAGGGCUUGUUGACUCUCUGGCCUCUAGCUCUAGUUCACGGGGCUUACCAGCAUUUGAGUUGGAGCCUUCUUUUUCUCCCUCAUCUCGAGUUGACUCUACCCAGAAUAAUUUAGCUUCUUGUCUUGCAGCACUACACCUUCAGACUAACCAGUCGUCUCCAUCGACUAGCAACCCCCCAACUGAACCUGCGCCCCCUCCACGACCAGACUUCUCAAUCUUCAGCUCCGGUCGUAAUUGUCUCUCUGCUGGCCUUAAGUGUUCUAUUGACGAACCAGGUAUUGGCAACAGAAGUACCAACACGGAACUUUCAGAUCCACAUCCCUCAAGAGAGGCAAGCCAAAUGGCUGGCUCAAAUCCGCUCGCUCAGGUAGAUUGGAAUGCCCUCGCCCAUCAACUCUAUCAAUUACAGCAGCAAAAGCUACUCCAAUGCCAAAACACAUCUGGCUCCAGUGUUAAUUCUACUGCUGCCGCAACUACACAAUCAUUAAUGAUGGCUGCCCUCCUUAUGGCCCUUGGAUCAAGUAAUGGAGGCAAUGGCGGAGGGCUAAAUGGAUUGAAUUCAUCUACUCUUGAUCCUCUCACAGCACUUACCACUGCCACUCUUAUUGCACAAUCAAGCAAUUUUGCUGGAGGCAGU